AAUUACCAAAAGUUUCAUCAUGCCGUACGAAUAUGUUAACGGAAAUCAUAAAAAUUCUUUAAAUAUCGAAAGCAUUGCUCGAUCGCCUUAUCUUAAUAGAGGAACUGCAUCGCCGUUAUCCACGCGCAAUGCCUUGAAUAUUACUGGUCUUCUUCCAACCGCAGUAGAAACUCUCGAGCAACAGAAAAAACGCGCAUUAGUUCAAUUGCGUGCUAAAUCAUCGGAUCUAGAGAAAUACAUGUUUCUUGCUUGGCUAAGAAAUACCAACGUCAGAUUAUUUUAUCGUCUCGUUAUCGAUGAAUUGGAU